CCUUCUACAUGGCGGAAUGUUUCGUCGAAAUGACAGUAAUUAUGACCUGAUAAACAGCAAGAGGCAACUGAUUUAUUCAGAGAAAGCUUGAAUGAAUAAGUAAAACGUGAAUGCAGAGCUAAUAGAAAGUAAGAGCCCGCUGUGGUGAGGAACUGAUUAAUUUUUCCGGAGCCUUUGCAAUGCCGAAUGGAGGACCAGGAUCAAGUCCUUCGAGCCGCCGACCAUCGCUUAGGCCUCCAAGCCCAGGGACGGACUCAGCAGUGGCUCAGAUCCAACCACGACGAGGCUCCAGAGUACUCUUUGAUACCAAAACUCCGCCAUCGAUUCUUAGAUGGGAACUCUUAAACCGCGUUUUGGCGCUUUCUCUAAAGGGAGAUUGGCCGGCUGUGGAUCAACACCUCAACAGCCUGGAACGAAACAACAUGGAAGUAUCGUCGACGGAGGUCGAAGACAACGGCUUAACGCCGUUAAUGUUGGCUGCCCGUGACAACAAGCACAACAUUGUGGAAAAGUUACUUGAACUGGGCGCCGUGGUCACAGACAAGGACAAGGGGGGCCGCUCAGCUCUUCAUUAUGCAGCAUGUUCUGGCUCUGACGGUAUUGUGAAACUUCUUCUCUCCAAGAAGUCGGAUCCGACACUUCCAGCCGGGCCUGAGGAGCAACUUCCACUGCACAUCGCAUGCAGCCGACCAUCUGGAGCUUUGGAGAUUGUUAAAACUCUACUAAAGGCAACUGGAAAGGAUGCCAAACUCCUCACUGACAAAAGCGGGUCGAUCCCACUGUACCUUGCGAUCAUGGCAGGAAAUCAACAAGUAGUGAAAGAGCUACUCAGUUCCCAAACUGAACAGCAAGUGAAGAUCACCAGAGGGAUUAACGGAGACACCGUGUUGCAUGCUGCUGUACGCAAAAGGGAGAUUGAUAUCGCAAAGAUUCUUGUCGAAUGUGGUUGUCCUGUGGACCUCCAAAACUCCGAAGGCCAGACAGCUCUUCACAUCGCUGCUUACGAAGGAGAUGAAACAAUGAUCAAGUUUCUCCAAGCAGCUCGAGCUGAUGCGAAUAUCGCGGAUUCACACGACCGCACACCACUUCACCUGGCGGCUCAACGAGGUCACUCAGUGGUCGCCGAGUUCUUAGUGGAUAAACUGAAAGCCAACGUGAAUUUGAGAACUAAGGAUGGCAGUACACUGAUGCACAUAGCAGCUCAAGCAGGACAUCCUGACACUGCGUUGGUGUUUCUCAAAAAGGGCGUGCCCCUCCACAUGCCCAACAAGGACGGUGCUGUUUGCCUUCACGCGGCAGCGAGGAAAGGUCAUGUGGCAGUCGUCAGGGCUUUGUUGUCAAAGGGCGCCUCAGUGGACACCAAAACCAAAGAUCAGUACACGGCUUUACACAUCGCGGUGAAGUAUUGCAAACCACAGGUUGUUCAAGUCUUAUUGGGAUAUGGCGCCAAUGUCCAGCACAGAGGGGGCAAGGCCGAAGAGACACCGUUGCACAUUGCAGCACGGACCAAGGAUGGCGAAAAAGUAGCAGAGAUGCUGACCAAGAGUGGAGCAGAUGUCAAUGCACCGAGUGACAAUGGAGAGACAGCGGUGCAUGUGGCCGCAAGAUUUGGAAACUUGAAAAUAUUAAAGUUGCUCAUCAACGAAAAAGCUGAUGCUGCGAGGAGAGCGAAGAAUGGCGAAUCUGCCCUCCAUCACGCCAUCCGGGCAGGACACUACUUAGUGCUAGAAGAAUUGAUUCGAGUCUUAUUCCAAAUGAAGUCUAAAGCUGUAGCAAGACUUGUCAUCAAUAUGCCAACUGAUAAAGGUGAGACUCCUCUGCAUUACGCUGCCAAGUUAUCCAAACUGAAAGUCAAAGGGAACGCUGACAUAGAUAUCGUCAAAUUGCUUCUUGAACACGGUGCCGAUUGCACAGCAGUCACGCAUCAGUCCAUGGAGACUCCAAUCCACGAGUGCGCACGCUCAGGGAACAACGACAUCUUGAUAGCUUUAUUAAAGUCCAUUCCCCCUUCCAAGCUUCAAGUCACGGUCAAUAAACGAUCGUCAAGUGGUUCUUCGCCUCUGCUUGUUGCUUCAUACAAAGGAAACGCGGAAAUUGUGCGUACGUUGCUGAAGUACCAUGCAAGAGUAGAUGUCUUUGAUGAGUCUGGACGAGCUGCUUUACACAUCUGCGCAGAACGCGGUCAUCUUGAGGUGGCGAAAGAAUUGUUAGAGCACAAAGCUUAUGUGAAUGCGAAAAGCAAGGUGGGGCUUACUCCACUUCAUCUGGCGGCAGAGAGCGGCCACAAAGAGUUAGUCGGACUUCUGGUCGCUAGCUAUAAAGCUAGUGUGGAUGCUUUGACGCUGGAAAAGAAGACAGCUCUUCAUUUGGCCGCAGAAAAGGGCCGAUUACAAGUCUGUGAACACCUUCUGGAGUUAAGAGCCGACAUAAGCGCGCUGGACAACAAAGGUCAAACGCCUCUUCACUACGCCGCACAAAAUGAUCAUUCACAAGUGGUAACGCUGUUUCUAACUCACAAACCUGGAGUCAUGAUGCAACAGAACGCGGAGGGCAGCACGUGUGUUCAUAUUGCAGCAAUGAAGGGCAGUGUGUCUGUGAUGAAGGAGCUAUUGAAAUUUAACCCUUCAGGAAUCACAACAGCCAGAAACAAGGAAAAGUUUUCUACGCCCUUGUUGCUUGCAGCCAGCGGUGGUCAUAAAGUUGUUGUGGAAGUGUUGAUAGCUCAUGGAGCUUCGGCAAGUGAUGAAGAUGCGGAAGGGAUGACAGUUCUUCAUCUCGCAGCAAGGUUUGGACACGUGGACGUCUUAGAGGUUUUGCGCGGAAAGGUUCCUUGGAGCAUGGCAAGCGUUAAGACCGGCCUGUCCGCCCUUCACGUAGCUGCCCAGUAUGGUCAGAUUGAAGUAGUCAGAGAAAUGCUGCUGAAAGUUUCCGGAACCAUCAAAAGCGAGUCUCCUGCAAUGAUGAACAAUGGUGACAAAGGACCACGUUCAGAUUACUGUUUCACACCUCUUCAUUUGGCGGCACAAUCUGGUCACGUGGGUGUUGUGCGAAUUCUGCUGAACUCGCCUGGUGUGCGCGUGGAUUCGGCAACAGCUGUACAUGGCUCCAUUCCUCUUCACUUGGCUGCCGAGAAUGGCCACUCUGAGGUUGUCAGUAUUCUCUUAAGUAAGUCAACACUACAGCUUCACGUUAAGGAUAAACUUGGCCGAACAGCCAUGCAUCUGGCUGCCGCCAAUGGACAUCGGGAACUGAUCUCUCAGCUUAUUGGACAAGGAGCCGAUAUCAACGCGCCGGAUGAGAAUGGUUACGCACCAAUGCAUAUGGCAGCCGAGGCUGGCCACGUUGAAGUUGUCAAACUUCUGGUGGAGUCUGGGGCGUCACCAAGAGUGGAAUCUCAGGAUGGCAAAUUCCCCAUUUGUUACGCUGCCAUGCACGGUCACCUGACUGUUGUGAAGUUUUUGCUACAAGAGGAACUUAGCACUGAGACGUUGCUUGGAGACCGAAAGUUCUUGUUUGAUUUGAUGGUCUGUUCAAACCUGGACGAAAACGAAUCAGUCAUAGACUUCAUCCUGCAGUGCCCAGCCCCUAUUUACGCCGCAGCUAAACUCUCAAAGCAUUACCGUAACGAGUCCACGAGGGAAAAAGAGCGCGGGCGCGAUCUGUUGGCGGCGGGAGAUGUCUGUGAGAACAUUGCGUCCGAAUUGCUUUCUCUCGCAUGCGCAGAUAGCGCCGAGAUACUGCUGACCGCUGUUGACGACCGGGAAGUACCAUUCUUGGAUUAUCUCAUCGAAUGCGACCAGAAGAAAUGCGUGUCGCACCCAUCGGUUCAGGUUUACCUGGGCGACGUUUGGCGCGGAGAUUUUCAAUGGGAUGAUUGGAAGUAUUUCUUAUUGUUUACGCUAUGCCUGAUUUGUCCACCGCUUUGGGCAUUUCUUUGCAUUCCCUGGAAAGACAGUUAUCAUAAAAUACCGAUUAUCAAGUUUAUUUGUCAUUUGAUCUCGCAUUUCUACCUUAUUGUACUAUUUUGUUUCACUGUUGUGGUACCAUGGACAGAUUUAACUGGAAAGACAUUACUACCUAGGUGGUAUGAAUGGCUCUUACUGAUCUGGCUGUCAGGAUUAUUUUUAUCCCAGCUCACGGAUCCCCACGAUCGCGCUGGACUGGGUUGGAUACCCAUCAUUGUGCUCUUUUUGAGUUUAAUUGGCAUUUUUGUGCAUUUAGCGGCGUUCGGGAUCCAUGACGACUACAAAGAUGACGUAAUAUACGCUCGAAACCAGUUCUUUGCAAUAUCCAUGAUGCUUUGCUUUGCACAACUCCUGGACUUCCUCUCGUUUCAUCAUUUGUUCGGUCCGUGGGGGGUAAUCAUCCGGGAUCUCAUGUACGACCUGGUGCGUUUUCUUGUCAUUUUAUUGAUCUUCAUGGUGGGAUUUACCGCGCACUUAGCGGCCGUCUAUCGGCAGCUUAAACCACACAAUGGAACCGCACUUGGACAACAGGACACGCCAAAAAGUUUUCUCGAGUGUUUCGAGCUACUUUUCUUCAGUUUGUUUGGAUUGACAGAGCUCAGCACACUGACUAAAGACCAGGAGACCUACGUGUCUGUGUUGGCAAAAGCGACAUUCGGAAUCUACAACUUGAUUACAAUCAUCGUUCUCAUCAAUCUGCUCAUAGCUAUGAUGAGCGACACUUACCAAAGAAUUCAAAUGCAGUCAGAUAUCGAGUGGAAAUUCGGCCGCGCUAAACUAAUCCGCAACAUGAAGCGGUCUACGACCACGCCUUCCCCACUGAAUCUUGUUACAAAACUCUUCUCUUACAUCCGUGUACUUUACAAAGCAAAAUUCAAAUGUUGCCGAGCCGACAUUAUUGAUAUUCUCCGCACCGACGAACAGCUUCCUGCAAGUAAUUCAAUAAACCCGUUAUACGAAACUUCCAACUCGUGGCCUCCAAAUGGAAGUAUUAAUCAUCGCGGAAGCACGUACAGAACUGCUAGAAUCGAGGAUGUCAUAGACUGGAAAGCCCUUGUGAAAAAGUUUGUAUCUCUGCGGGGAAAUACCAGCGACCUCGCGGGCGGUGGCCAGGUCAAUCGCGAUAAGUUAGCGUCGCCACGUGAGUCGCACGUGAACAUGAGAGCGAGAACCGAGUCUGGACAGGGUCGGCGACCUGGCACUGGAAUGGGUUCCACGCUGUCUCUCCAUCGAGUUGUCGCUGCUACAGUGAGAAAAAUUGACAUCGUGUCAAACAUUAAGGAUGCCAGUGAAGAGUGAAGUGUGAAGUGAAGUGAAGUGUGUGAAGUGUGACAGUUGGCUAAAGUGACAGAUGACUUUGUAAUGCAGAUAAGGGUUACUGUGAAUUGUACUGACCUUGGGAUGGGUGUUGAAAGUGCACUGCAAUGUCAAUCAACCAAUGUCAUCUUGUCACGGUAAUCGCACUCAUUGUUUGAACUCAAAGAAGCACCUCGUCCUCUGGCGUUAUCUGCCCUUCACACUAAACUAGAACAAUGUCUUUUUCUUUACGAAUAUGAUGAAGCAAAAUAUCUACAUUAUCCUGAGAACAAUCCCCUAACGACCUCCAAAUGCGCAUGCUCUAUCAUUUGCAUAGCCUUCCAACAAGAAGGCUUCUUGCUUAGAUCGGAGAGGACGUUAGAGUUCCAUCCUGGAUUUAAAACUGGGAAUGAUAAUAUGAUCGCAAUCAAUGACCCUGUUUUGGUUUUGCGAUAUCUUAUGUUACUGUCUUGAAGCUAAAACAAUAUGCAAAAAUCUCGACUGUUUCCUUCUUAGUUUACCAAGUUUUUUCGUUUUAACUUACAUUUGUGAAUUUAAAUUUGUUUAAUUGCAUACAGCUAUUUAUGGUCAUUUUAAGUACAGUAACGUAAAGGAAUUGCUUGUUUUGAGUGAGAUAAUACAUAAGCCUAAUCUCCUUAAAGGGGGUAAUUUAGUAUUAUCAACUCAGUUGAUAACGUAAAUCGCUCCAUCGCUCUGACGAGGGGCUAAUGCUCAAAACGUCAGUUUUUUAACUCUUUACAGAGGCCAAUUUACGUUAUUAACUUAGUUGAUAAUACUAACUUACUCUAAUCUCCAUAUUUUCACUUUGUUUAUACCAACGUCGUUUCCAAGGACCCUCUUUUACUCACCCCCUUAAAAAGUGACUUUGGAAACGAGAAAAACUCGUUCCCUGGGGCUAUCUCCUUCUCGCUGUCGCGAAAGAGAGAGAGUAAAAUAGAGCCCACAAACGAUGUUGUGUUCACAGUAAUACAUCGCUGAAUCAUUUUUUACCUACCGCCUGUUUAGUAUUUACUGGACCUCUUAAAUAAAGCUUUAACUUACAUAGGUGCAUAUAACGUAAAUCAUCCAAAGUUUCAUUUGCUCUGUGCGCAUGCGUGUCGGAGGGACUUCCAUCGAAAUGGAAGGACUAAAAUUUGAAGUAGAUUUCUGGUCGAUAACUGUGUUGUUACUUCAGCUUCAUUUUCUUUUUCAUUUAGUAUCUUUCAAUAAAAGGUGGACCCUUUUAUAUACUAAAAUCUAAAGAUAGUGUUUCUCUGUCCGCUUUGACAUAACGCUUUCGUGGGCCUUUAAACCAAAGGUUUCUCUCUUUAGAGGAGUAUAUCCCUGCUACUUAAUUUAUUA